AUGGCUAUUUACAAGCUUAUUUCAAACGACGGUGCACGUAUGUGCUCGAUACUGUCCAUCGCUAAACCGUUGCCAUUCAACCAACGUAAUCUGUCCCAAAAUUCAGAACCGACUCAUCAGAAAAGUGCCCUGAGUAACUCGCCUUCCUACGAAAAUUUAUCUACUGUUGGCGGCUUUGCUAACCCUUACGUUAGGGAAAAUGGAAAGUGGCUUAAGUUGCGGUUUCUGGAUCAAGCAAACCAUAUCGCGUACAGCAUCAAACAUUUCUACGAAGAUUUUGUCGGCAACAGGGAAGUACGGGAGUCGCAUAGCAAAGUGCGCGAUAUGCAGCAUAAGCUGAGCGUGUUGAUAGAUAAGCGAAAUGUAUGCGAGUUUGAUCUAAUCGAAGUAAAAAAGCAACUGGCCGAAAUCAACAGUUACCAGCAAACAGUGUCGCGCGAAGACUUCCAAUACGUUGAGCUCUUGAAACAGGAAUUCAAGCACUUCACGGAAAAGCAGCGUUUGGAAAGCAUGAUCGAGGUGCUCAAUUUCGAACAUCAGCUGUUGCUAAUGCAGCUUACGUACGCCCUCAACGAUGUACACGUGCGAGAACGUCAGGAGGCGAGUAAUGUACGAUUGGUGAAACUGUUCUUUACCACCCUAGCGGCUAUGCUUGGUUUCGCUGGCAGUGUAGGAUACAAUCACUACAAGGACACUAAGGUGCAAAACUUUAUGAACUCACAGAGCAAGAUGAUGGAAACGUUGGUGGAGUACGUUGAGCAGGAACAGGCGCGGAGCGUUAAACCGGUGACCGAGUCCUGGGGAAGCUAUUUGUAUCGCCAGCCGGGCCGUUUGUACGGUUACAUGUUUCCGAAGCAAUCGAACGAAUCCUGGGGAAGCAGCCUCUAUCGUCAACCGGUGCGCCUUUAUCGGUACAUGUUCCGCAAAGAAUCGUGA